GUGUUUUUGUUUUAUUUUGUGUUGCUUUUGUUUUAUUUUGUGUGUUUUUGUUGCCCUCUCUGUCGGUCUAAACCCUCUUUGUGUGUUUUUGUGUUGUGUUUUGUGUGUCUAAACCCUCUUUGUGUGUUUCUGCUCCACCGUCGGUCUCCUUCCUACCGGAGAGUCACGAGCCUGAGCUGUAACCGGAGCCAAUAGCAGCGCGUGCCCCCCCCGCCCCAUCCACCCGGUAGGAGGGUCAGAUCCGGUAUAUAGAGCCGGUAGACCCCCACCCCCCCUCAGAGCCGCAGAGCCUCAGGAUCAGGUUUAGACCCGCAGAGACCAGCGGAGCCUUUCAGCUUUAAUGUCAUUAAUAGUUUAAUUAUUAUUGGCACUGGUUUUAUUACUAUUAUUAGAUUAAUUAUUACUUUAUUUAUUAGCUUAAUCAUUGUUUUUAGUUAUUCUCGGUUUUUCUGUCGUCAUUUUACGGACUUUUCUCGCCGUUCCGGUACCGGGAUGGGCUCGGUUCUGCCCGGUUCCUCUCUGGGCCUGAAGGCCUCCAAGCCGCUCAGCCUGUCUGACGUCAUCACCUCCGACAUCCUGCACAGCUUCCUGUACGGCAGGUGGAGGCACGUGCUGGGAGAGCAGCAGCAGCAGCAGCACGCGCACCUGCAGCAUCACCUGCAGCACGAGGACCGGACGGCGCCCAGCGCGAGCCCCAAGACCGCGUUCACCGCCGAGGUGCUCGCGCAGUCCUUCUCCGGAGAGGUGCAGAAGUUGUCCAGCCUGGUUCUUCCCAGUGAGGUGAUCAUCGCUCAGAGCUCCGUUCCAGGUGAAGGUUUGGGGAUUUUCUCCAAGACGUGGAUCAAAGCAGGAACAGAAAUGGGUCCGUUUACCGGCCGGCUGAUUUCUCCAGAACACAUCGACCUGUACAAGAACAACAACCUGAUGUGGGAGGUGUUCAACGAGGACGGCUCCGUCAGGUACUUCAUCGAUGCCAGCCAGGAGGACCAGAGGAGCUGGAUGACCUACAUCAAAUGUGCCAGAAACGAGCAGGAGCAGAACCUGGAGGUGGUCCAGAUCGGCAGCAGCAUCUUCUACAAGGCCGUGGAGACCAUCCCUCCGGACCAGGAGCUGCUCGUCUGGUACGGAAACUCCCACAACACAUUCCUGGGAAUUCCUGGAAUUCCAGGAGGAGACGAGGAGCAGAGCAAGAAGACCAAGACCGAUGACUUCCACACCUGUGAAGGCUCCUCCUCCUCCUCCACCUCCUCCUCCUCCUCCUCCUCCUCCUCCUCCAGCCUCGGCCGGAUGCGAUGCGUCAUCUGCCACCGCGGUUUCAACUCUCGCAGCAACCUGCGCUCACACAUGCGCAUCCACACGCUGGACAAGCCGUUCGUGUGCCGCUUCUGCAACCGUCGCUUCAGCCAGUCGUCCACGCUGAGGAACCACGUCCGGCUGCACACCGGAGAGCGGCCCUACAAAUGCCACGUCUGCCAGUCGGCCUACUCCCAGCUGGCCGGGCUGAGGGCGCACCAGAAGAGCGCCCGGCACCGGCCCACGGCGGAGGCGGUGGCGGCUGGGGGAGGUGUGGUGGUGGUGGGGGGCGGCGUCCACUCGCCUCCCCCGUCUCACCCGCCUCAGCUGACCACCGUGCCUCACCCGGCCUCGCUGGUCCACCACAUCCCCACCAUGGUGCUGUGAUGGAGACCUGAACACUGAGGCCUCCACCGUACAGGUAGCCAAUCAGCUGCUACCGUCACAUCCACCCGGCCAAUCACUGACGGCUGAGGUGGCCCUCCGUUAGCCCUCUGAACCCCACAAUCUGCCACAGGUAGACAUGUUGCCAACAUGGCUCCGAUUAGACGCUGUAGAAACAGAACGAACCGUCAGAUCCUCAACUUUCCAACAAAUUCCCAAAACAUCAGUUGUUUUUGUAACCAGAACCUGUUAAACCAGAACCUUCCUCCUUCUGGUUCUGGAUCUCCAGGAUUGAAAUGACAAAAACAAGACAAAACGGAGACGACAAGAGAGACUGAGAGGAAAGCCAAAGCUUCUGGAUGAAUAAAAUAAACGCAGCGUGGCUCAGAACCAGAGAACAGAGGAGCAAGUCGUUGGAGACAGUAUGAGGAGAUGGUAGGAGCUUCAGGAGAAACCAAACAGAUGAAUUUCCAGUUGAUUUCUCUUGAAGAUGUUUCCAGAAACGUCUUCCAGAACAUCCACUUGGUUACUCCUAAAGCUUCUAUCAUCAUCAGAACGUGGAUGACUGAGAAUCUAAACAGAAAUCUGAGUAAACAACAAUACUUCAGUUAAACAUCUGAGAAGACAUGUUGGACAUGAUAGUUCCUUGUUUUUACCUUUUGUAGAAGGAAUUAGGACUUUUCCUCUUUGUCUUUCUAUUUCAUGACUCCCAUGUGUCGUCUAACUUUAAAAAAUCCAUUUUCUUGCGAUAUUUUUUUGCGAUUCAAUGGAUUUUUUCAAAUUGCGCCGCGUUCCUGACUUCUGUCUCCUCCUUCACGAUGUUCUGGUUUCUCAGAGCUGCAGGACUUUAGACUGAAACGUGAACCACAGGUUGGAGUUCAGAGGGUUUCUCAUGUUGUUCCUCACGUUCUACUCUAAGGGUGUAAAUGAACAUUACCCACAUACAGCCGCUAGCUAACGUUAGUUUGGAUCGGAACCAGAACCGGUGGAGACGGUCCAUUACCUGCAUGCUCAUUGAUUUUAUCGCCACAUUUCCUGAACACGAGGAGGUUCUCUGACGUGUUCUACGUGUUGCAUGACGAGAUGUGUUGGCGUGUCCGUAUAAAUCUGUAUCUGAUGUCUGCAUGCUUGUGGUGUGAGUGGAACCAGGAGGCUGCUGGUUCUGCUCAUCAGUGUUCUACCAGUGGUGUUCUUCUGUCUGUGCUUCAUGACCUCUAGCUGGACCAGUGACAGGUUCUACUGAAUAUAAAACUCUAACAUCUGUACAUGAGGACGGUUUCUCUGAGGGAAGAUUCUGUAGCUCCUGUGAUGUAAAUAAGCUUCAAAUUGACAAAGAAAAGAAUAUAAACAUGAGAUGCGCUUUAUGUCCAGAGUAUAAACCAACCGUCACUUUAUCUCUGUAUAUGUCUCUGUACAAGCUCAUAUAUGACACAUGUAUCGCUAUAUGAAGUGUGUUGACUUCUAUAAAGGUCUAAUAAACUGUAUUUCACCUCCA